AUGGGAGGAGUAGAAGGCUUCGAAAUGGAUGAGGACGACGAGAUGUCGAUCGUGGGCGCCUCUGAGAGGAAUCAAGAUCGGGAACGACUGCCUCACGAGGAGCUAUCUUCUGAUAGCAGCAAGGCGGCAGCGGCGGCGGGAGGAGUGCCUUGCUUGGAGGAGCUGCAUGAACAACAUCGCCCGAAUGAGGGGAGGGGAGUGGCGCCUGGGGGAGAGGUGGAAGAAGAAACAACUACUGUCUACGGGGCAGAAGAGUCGGAGUUACAUGGACGGGCUGCAGUGGCCACGUUUCCCCUUGCGUCUGAGACGAUUUUAGAGGAAAAGGCUAUGGAGUCCAAUCUUUUGGCUACGGCGUCCGAUGAUGUGAUUAGAUAUGCUGAGCAGAGGCCUGGGGAACAGUGGGUUGAGGAGCAAGAAGGGGCGGUGGCAGCGGGUAUGAUGCAGGAGGGAAUGGCUUCACGUUGUGUAGAGGUGAGAAACGAGGGAAUUGCCUCCGUUGAGGUAAAAUAUGGACAAGUUUCUGAAUCCUCCACUCCGGUCCCCUUUCCCUCCUUGCUUGGGGCAUCCGAAGAGAAGGUAGGCUCUGAAAUCCUUUUGCCAGUCGAUGAUGCCGUGGAGAAUGUCGAUCAGAAAAAUCAGGAACAUCAGCUGGAAGAGGAAGGGGAAGGAGUGAGGGGUGAGGUGAUGCUGGAGGCAGUAGUUUCACACUGCGCAGAGGCAACAGAAGAAGGAAUUGCUGCUGACGGUGAGAUGAAUGGUGAAGCUCCCGGACCCCCUCCCACAGUCCAUUUUCCCUCCUUCUCUGGGGCAUCUGGGGAAGACCGGUCGCCCUCCAUUGCCCUUUUGCCUGCUGAUGAUGCGCUUGACGAGGACGAGCGGAAGCAUCUGCAAAAUUUUCAGGCAGAGGAGGCGAGGGGAGUGACAACGGAGGUGAUGGAGGAGGGAGUAGUUAAACGUUGUGCUGAGGCAACGGAGGAGGUACUUGCUGCCAUGGAGGUCAGAUAUGGGCAAGUUACGGAAUCCCCAGCCCCGUUCCUCUUUCCCUCUGUGCCUGGGGAAUCACGGGAAGAGAAGGUGGGCUCCACAGUUCUUUUACCUGUUUUGGAUAUUGUGGAGGGGUGUGAGACACAGAUGGACCUGCAGGAGGACGAGGGAGUGAGGAAAGAGUUGAUGGAGGGAGUCCUUUCCAAAAGUUUAAAAGCACCAACUGAGGGAAUUUCCGAUCACAAUAUGGAAGGUAUGCAACUCUUUGAGUCCCCAACCACAACGUCAUUCCCAUCUAGUUCUGGGGUGGCUGCAGGGGAAGUACCGUCUGUCUACUCAUUGCAUGUUCUGGAUACAAAUAAGGCAGCAGUGGAGGAGGUGGAGGUGAGACCCAGUACAGUAGAGGCAGUGAAGAAUGCGCAGGUCACACACACUAUGGUAGAAGUAGUGAAGGAUGUGGAGGUGACACCCAUAACCGCAGAGGCAGUGGAAUCAGUACCUAUAGUGGCAGUGACAAAGGAGGAGGAGGAGGUGACACCCACCAAAUCGGAGGGAUUGGAAACAGAGACAUAUUUGACAACCACCAGGGGAGAGGCAGUAGAGGCAGAGCUGAAACCCAUCAUGGUAGGGAUAGUGGAGGAGGUGGUUGCAGCGGCCACAAUGACAGAAGCUGUAGAGGUGGAGGUGAAACCCAGAAUGUUGGAGACAUUGGGGCCAGUGGUGGCAAGAACCACAAUAGGAGAGGCAGUAGAGGAGGUGAAGCCAUCAUCCAUGAUGACAGAGCCAUCAGACGAUUUGAGGCCGAUACCCAAAAUAGAAGAGGCCCUGGGGGAGAAAGCCGUUCCACAGAGGAUGGACGUGGCUAAGAUUAAAGAUGAACAGACCUCCCAGUCAAUCAUUGAUGCAGAUGUGUCCAUGGAAGAUGACAUGGGUUUGGUUGCUCCUAUGUCUGCUGUAGACGAUGGCAUGGAGGAUGUGGAACAAGAGGAGAUGGCUGCAUCGAUGAUGGGUGUGCCGGAAGAUCACGAAGCCGCAUUGGAGGAUGGUAGUCGCAGAGGAGGGAAAAAGAGAGGAAGGCCUCCUAAGGCCCAGGCCGGAAGAGUGCCUACAACAAAGAAGAAGGAGGAAGAGGAUGUUUGCUUCAUCUGCUUUGAUGGAGGGAACCUUGUUGUCUGUGACCGUAGGUGAGGGAGAUCUGGAGUACCAGCCAACUUUCAGGCUUGUGGAGGGUUUUUCGUAUUUUGACUUCUUAUUCAUUGUUCAUUGCUCUUUUCAGGGGUUGUCCCAAAGUUUAUCAUCCUUCAUGUGUAAAUCGAGAUGAGGCAUUCUUCCGCUCAAAGGGUAGAUGGAACUGUGGUAAGUUCUGUUUCCAUUCCUGGGCAUAUUUUGACAUCUUCUUGUUGAGUUUGUUCUUUUUUUUUUUUUCUUUGUUCCAGAUGAUGCACUGAAAUUAAUUUUGGUUGACUUAGGAAAUGACGACUACACCUACUAAAUUUUCUCAGUAGUUAAAUACAAUAAUUUUAUGGAACCAGUUGCUGAAUCAAAUUUAAUUGUAAAUAUUCAAUUUGUUUUCAAAUACUGGAGUAGUAUAUUAAUGAUAGUUGUAAUAUGCCAUUGGUCAGAUAAUUAUUGAUUGUGUCAACUAACAAAACUUUUGGUACUAUGUUAUUGGAUAAGAGGAAAGUGGUGCAUUGAUUGCCGUGUUCAAUUCUUCAUCUAGAUCUUUUGUUGGUCGAUAUCUAAAUUGACGAGACGUUAAAAAAUUGAGCAAUGGAGGGCCAUGACCUUAUUUAUAUUUAUUAUUUAGUUUAGGUGGCGAUGACUGAAAAAGAAAUUUAAUGAAGAACCGUAAUGAUAUGAGUCUAACAGUUUUAGAUUUUGGAGCUAAUGCAGAUGGAGAGUGAAUAAGAUAAAUCUUUGUGCUUGGUGGAUCUAAUAAUCAUACAAGGAAAAAAAUUGUGGGGAUAAAGUUUUUGACAUCUUUCUGUUACGUUCUUUGAUUGAAGGUGGGUCAAAGUAAAAGUUAAACCUAACAAGCAAGAAGCUAACUCUCCUAGGUGUCGGUGAUUCUUGCAUAAAUCUGAUGCUCUGUACAGCUACCUUCCUGUUUUCUCCGCUGCCAUCAGAUCUCAGAUGCCCCUUCUGUGCCAAUUUUCUGCUGACCUUCUAUCUCUCCAGUGAGACACAAAGGGCUGUGUUGGUUGGCUUGUCCUUCUGUUUUGCUUCACUUCUGUUUGCGAGGACCCUUGACCUGGCUGGCUUUGACAAUAGGAUAGAUGCUUUGUUAUUCUUUGAAACCUCCUCAAUGUAGAUUCAAAUGUUCUCUUGUUAAUGGAGCCCAUUAUUCGGCACGAGGUUAAAUUUCUGUAGUGAAAUAUGAAAUAAGGGAAAAUAUUUUCUAAGAUAUUGCGGAAAUAACGGUGAAUAGUAUAACUUAUUAUAGCUUAUAAUUGUCUUUGGUAGUUUUUUUUAAGAUUAUAUCAAAUAUUAUCUUCCUAAAUUUACUAACCUACUAUAAAUUUAGAUUUGAAAUUCUUUAGUGUCUAAAAAGGAUAGUGGAAGAAAAAGAUGUCAAAGAAAGGUAAUGAGAUGAAAUUAUGCAAAAAUGCUCUGUUUCAUGGUGAAAUACAGUAGUAAAUUUUCUAUGGAAAGUAUUCAAGUAACCAUUAAAUCACUUCAUAGUGAUUGGCUUUUUUAUAUUCUCAACCAAGUUGUGGUGCAUUCACGGUCUUGAUACUUGUGAGCUUAAAACGCUUUCAAAUGUAUUACUCCCUUUUUGUCCUCGUUCAAGUUUUAAAUAUAAUUAGUCACCUUUGUGAGUUUGUAAGCAUUUUAUAACAUUAGAAUCGCAGUAAUUAUCCUACCCCAAUUUUUUUAAUGGAUUUGAUAUAUUAUAUUAUAUUUUUUAAUGUAUCUAUUGAAGAGAAAAAGCAUGGUUGAACACAAAAAGGAAAACGUUUUGUUGACAUCUAUCUGAUAAACUAGGAAUAUGAAAGAAAAAGGGAGUCAGAAAACUAAAAUUUUAUGGACUUGGAUUGGAGUGAUUGGAGGCUGGAAAGUCUUUUAAAAAACAUUUCUUUGUAAGAAUGGUGACAUUGGUGGACUGAUUUCGAUGUUGGAGUGGAUUUUUCUUCAUUAUUUGUUGGAUCUAAUUGUUUUAACAGGUCUAAGUUUAUCAUAAGUCUUCAUUCUGUCCUGCCUUUGAGGAUGUGUAUGUUCAUACCUGAUUUUCUUAUCAGCAAAAUGGGUUUUUGGCGGGUAUACAGACAUUUAAAUUAUGGGUUGUGUUUUGAUGUUACUCCUGGUGAAAUUGGUAUAAUAUUCUUGGCUAGUAGUCUGGGUCCCAACAACACAUUCUAGGGGGAUUUUUUAUUUUUAGGACAUACAUCGCAAAAUUAGUUUAAAUUAGCAUUAUUUCACAUGCUCUUCGGUAAUACUGGACAAAGAUCGGGUUACAAUGGAUUUCCUUCAAACUUGUGAAAGAUUGCAUCCCAUCUAUCGUGGCAUGGGGGUCUUAACCGUGAAGAAUUUUCGGAUGAAGUUUUACCUUAAGGAAACCUUCCCGGUAGAAUUAUGGAAACCUGUUCCAAGAUGAAAAAAACAAAAGUUUAUCUGUAUUCUUAUUUGGAGUGGGGAGGGAAGGGACCCCAAAGUGAAUUGGUAGGGAGACAAAGAUGAAUUGAUGCUCUAGAUCUUCUGAGAUUGUGAUCAGAUGGACUUGAAAUCUGUGCAGAUUAUGAAUGUAUGCAGAUAAUCGGAUUGCUUGUCUGACCAGAGGUUUAUAUGGCAGUCAAUAAUCCUUUUAGGUGGACAAGUUUGUGUUUUAUUGAAGUUCAAGUUCCAAUAUAGGCCGUUAUUAAUGUGAACAGCAUUAGUCAGACGCUUAGAGCAUCUUAGAGAUACAGAAUUAAACCAUCUCUUCUAUGAGCAGACUUAGAUUAUAGUUAGUGAUAAUAAGUUCUUAAGAUUGUUUUGGCUGACUGAACGAAACCCAGAAUGGUUGCAUAUUCUUGUGGACAAUUGUCCCAGCAUCUGAUGGCAUUGCUAUCACUUAA